CUCUCUUUAACACACUUUUACACACACAUCUCCUUCAGAACAGCAGCGAGAGGACUUUACCGUGAGUUUACCGUGAGUUUACUGUGUUCAUGAGCGGAUGUCAGUGGAUUUAAAGCGUUUAUUCUUUGAUUUUCAGCGAGUUUAGUUUGUUUGUGACCGGUGUGUGUUUAAAUGACGCCAUGAUGUUAUUUUUACCCGCUGAGCUCAUGAACUCACUCAAACUUCUUCACGACUAAUUUACUAGUAUUACUAAUAAACUAGCAUUAUUACUCAGCAUCUCAUUUGAGGAUUUACUGUAAAAUGAGACGGACACAAACGUUCACGGAGUUCGAGUUGUUUAGCAUGAAGUGAAGCGAUGACGAGGUGGAACUGAAACCCGUCUGUGUGCUGCUCCUGUAAGAGUGUGAAGGAACACACACACACACACACACUCACACACACACACACACACACACACACACACACACACACACACACACACAAUCAAGGGCUGCCGUGAGUUUUUGUCCUGUGGAGUUUCCUCUCAGUCGGGGCUUUGGGCCGCCCGCCGAACGCCAGCAGGGUGACAUCAUCAGCGGCUGCUACAAUGGGGCCGUUGAUGUCGUGAGGGGCCCCUGAGGGCCACGCCGCUCCUCUGAGAGAGAGACAGACAGAGAGACAUUACGACAGAGGAAGCAGAGGGAUUGUGGGUAUGUGUGAGCGUGCGGUACCCGUGCGCUCGGUGAGGUCCAUCGGGGCCGAGGGUCUGGUGGCGCUACUGGAGGGCGGGCUUGACCGCGUGCUGUUGAUCGACAGCCGCCCGUUUGUGGAGUAUAAUGCGUGUCACAUCCUGGAGGCGGUGAACGUGAACUGCUCCAAACUGAUGAAGAGACGAUUACAACAAGACAAGAUCCAGAUCACCGAACUACUGCAGCACAGCGCCAAGAGACAGGGUCAAGAGGUCGUCGUGUAUGACCAGAGUUCACCUGACCCUGCCUCCCUUCCAUCUGAUGCCUUUCUCAGCGUCCUAUUGGCCAAACUGGAGAAAAGUUUCCAAUCAGUCUAUCUACUCUCAGGUGGUUUUGUGGAGUUCUCUCAUCUGUUUCCGGGUCUGUGUGAGGGGAAGUCUACGCUGGUUCCGUCCUGCAUCUCUCAGCCGUGUCUCCCGGUUACCAACAUCGGACCGACACGGAUCCUGCCUCACCUGUACCUGGGUUGCCAGAGAGAUGUUCUCAACAAGGAUCUGAUGCAGCAGAACGACAUCGCUUACGUACUGAACGCCAGCAACACCUGCCCCAAACCAGACUUCAUCCCGGACUCUCACUUCCUGCGAGUGCCAGUGAACGACAGCUUCUGCGAGAAGAUCCUGCCCUGGCUCGACAAAUCUGUGGAGUUCAUAGAGAAAGCGAAGGCGUGUAACGCUCGAGUUCUGGUCCACUGCCUCGCUGGAAUCUCCCGCUCUGCAACCAUCGCAAUCGCUUACAUCAUGAAGAGGAUGGACAUGACGCUAGAUGAAGCUUACAGGUUUGUGAAAGAGAAACGGCCCACCAUCUCACCAAACUUCAACUUCUUAGGUCAGCUGCUGGACUUUGAGAAGAAACUGAAGUGUGUGAGUGAACUCAAACCCAAACCACUGCCGACCGAUCCAUCAGAGGAGCCCGAUCCAGCUCAGAACAUGGAGUGCAGUGAUCCGCUUGAGCCUCUGCAGCUGCCCUGCAUUCUGACCGCCGUUCAUGAGGAACAUCUGCUGGCUCGAGCGCUGUCUGGCCUUCAGCUCACGGAAGAUCUGGAGGAGAACGCCAGACCCAAACGCUCCUUCUCUCUGGACAUCAAGUCAUACGGCGAGUCUGGAGCUGCACCGCGAGAGUUUACGAAACACACGGUUGGCGGCGACACCCCAGAGCACUACAAACCGGCUGCCUACAAAGAUUCAACCAGCAAAGCCUGUCAGUUCUCACCCGUGCAGGAGGUUUCAGAACAAACCACACCAGAACAAAGUCCAGACAAGGAGCGGCUCGACGAACCCAACACCAGUAAAACCAGCCUCGCAUCUAAACCACAGAUGAGCGCAGCGUGUGCGCAGCCGUUACACCGCAGUGGGAGCAUGGAAGAAACUCCCACCAGCCUCUUGCUCGGCAUGUCGCGCUCGCAGCAGCACAUGUGUAAAUCCGGUGCGGGCACGCUGAAGGGCUGGCACUCCGACAUCCUCCUGGGUCCGGUGGCCGGCGGCUGGUACCUCUCAUCCGAGUCGGCGAGAUUCUACUCCACCUCGGCCAUCUUCAGCGGCUCCGCAGGCGCUCACAGCGGCUUGACGGCGGCGUACGGCUGCACUCAGGGUCUGGACGCCGUGCGGAGGCGCGGGCGGCAGCGCAGCGGGGACUGCGGCAACUUGCGAAGGAGUUGGCACGAGGAGAGCAGCUUCGAGAAGCAGCUGAAACGCAGGAGCUGUCAGAUGGAGUUUGGAGACGGAAUGACGGAGAGCCGCUCCAGGGAGGAGAUGGGAAAUGUGGGCAGCCAGUCCAGCUUCUCCGGCAGCAUGGAGAUCAUCGAGGUGUCGUGAGAUCGCUCGCACGCUCACAGACGUGAUAUCGCCACAUGUUCUGCUGGUUUAGACUGUAAUCGCUGCAGCUGCGUAUCACUGAAUGACAACAAAGAGCAUGUUUGCUUUGUUUGAUUCAGUUUGUGUUGGUUGAACUGAUGAAUGAGCCCGUGUGUGUGUGUGUGUGUGUGUGUGUGUGUGUGUGUGUGUGUGUUCGACAGCAGCGUGCAAACGUGCCGCACGGACGCAUGAAUAAAGGAGAAUUGAACUGGAGUCACUCCACACUGAAACCAUCCACAGUACCUCAACUCUCCACAUCAAGCUCUUGUGAUUCUUUUGCAUGAUUUACAUGUAGCUCAUUGACAAUUAUGAUCUCAGGUGUUCAGAGACAUUUUUAAGAAAUCUUUUGUUUGAGAAAAUGCUUUUAGAGUAUGAAUGAUAUCUGGUGAUCUCAAAUCAUUUUACAUUAAACGAGCACUCGUGACAGGUCAUCAUCAUUGGUUUUCUAAGUGUUUCUGAAGUAGAGAAAGGGCCAAAACUCUUCCAAGAGUCAUAAAAGGGACAGUUCACCCAAAAAUGGGAAUUCUCUCACCAUUUACUCAUCCUCAUGCCAUCCCAGAUGUGUAUGACUUACUUUCUUCUGCACAACACAAAUGAAGAUUUUUAGAAGAAUAUUUCAGCUCUGUAGGUCCAUACAAUGCAAGUGAAUGGUGACCAGAACUUUGAAGCUCCAAA